ACCACCUAAACCGAACACACACUUACUAUGAACCAAGACGUUCACACUACAAACAAGACCCAAUGAAAGCUUAGAUCAAAGUGACAAUCAAAUCAAAUCAACAACAAACAAAUAUGAGAUCACACGAAGCCUCCCUACAUUGACGGAAAAUCCUCCCAAGCAAAUCGCCACUACACACUUACACUUGUUAAGAAGGGGUUCAUUCUCAUUCUCUAACUCACCUAAAAAAACAGGGUUUUAAUUUUCAACUUCAUCUUUUUUUUUUUUCUGGGCAUGAUUGCAGUAGAUCGAUCAGUCACAUGGCGAAUUUCUUAGCUCAGUUUCUUUCUAUCAAGAAUUCUUCUCAACGUCUUGUCAUUGCUGUUGAAGAUGUAAGUGAUUUGUGGCCCCUUGUCAAGAAGGUGUUUGAGGAGCGGCUUCCGUUUAAGCGAGCAACAUUGAAUAACAAAACCCGCAAUCCUUUAACUGUGGAUAACUUGCCAGCUGAGUUUAUACUGACAACAGAUGCAAGGCUUCGUAGUAGGUUCCCACAGGAGCAGUUAUUAUUUUCUUUCCGAGAACCGUAUGCAACUAUUGUUCUUGUAACUUGUGAGGAUCUAGAUGAGUUCAAGACAAUCCUCAAACCACGUCUUAAGUUGAUUGUGCAAAAUGAUGAGCGGGAGUGGUUUAUUGUUUUUGUGUCCAGGGCUCCACCCCAUAAUGAUCAAGCCACCAAGAUGGCAAAAAAAGUUUAUGCCAGACUUGAAGUUGAUUUCAGCUCAAAGAAGAGGGAACGCUGCUGCAAAUUUGAUCUAAAUGGACCUGAACUUACUUUCUGGGAAGAUUUGGAAUUUAAAAUUACGGAGUGUGUUAGAAAUACUCUUGAUAGGCGUAUUCAGUUCUAUGAGGAGGAAAUCCGUAAGCUCAGUGAACAACGUUUCAAGCCAGUAUGGAGCUUCUGUAACUUCUUCAUUCUGAAGGAAAGCUUGGCAUUCAUGUUUGAGAUGGCUCAUCUUCACGAGGACUCGUUACGGGAAUAUGAUGAGUUAGAGCUCUGCUACUUGGAAACAGUUAAUAUAGCUGGCAAACAAAGGGACUUUGGAGGAAUGGAACAAGGAGACGAUCAGGCUGCAUUGUUAGACCCCACAAAAAAACCACUAACACAAAUCGUUCAAGAUGAUUCUUUUAGGGAGUUUGAAUUUCGACAAUAUUUAUUUGCCUGUCAAGCAAAGCUAUUGUUCAAGCUAAACCGUCCAUUUGAGGUUGCAUCAAGGGGAUUUUCAUUUGUAAUUAGCUUUUCAAAAGCACUGGCCCUUCAUGAGAGUAUUUUACCCUUCUGUAUACGGGAAGUUUGGAUUAUAACUGCGUGCUUGGAUGUAGCCAAUGCAACAGCUGCUCAUUACAGUAAUGGAUUUGUGGCACCAGAGGUAGAAAAAGAAUAUUAUCGCGUACGUGGGGAACUAUAUUCUCUAUGCCGAGCUAAGUUUAUGAGGCUUGCAUAUUUAGUUGGUUAUGGUUGUGCUAUAGAAAGAAGUCCUGUCAACAGUGCUUUACUUAGUAUGCUACCUUGGCCUAAACCUGCAAUCUGGCCUUCUGUCCCCUCUGAUGCAUCGUCUGAAGUUCUGGCUAAAGAAAAGAUGAUUCUUCAAGCUACACCAAGGGUCAAGCUUUUUGGUAUUCAGAAGAAGCCACUACCUCUUGAGCCUAAUUUUCUUUUGCGUGAGGCUAAUCGUCGAAGAGCUUCUCUUUCUGUUGGAAAUGUAUCCGAAAUGUUUGAUGGGCGCUCAACUUUCAUGGAUGGCUCAGCUUCAAACGCUGCCAUGUCACGAACCAAUUCUACGCCUGGAAACUUUGAGAGCUCAAUUGACCGCCCUAUGAAACUUGCAGAAAUCUUUGUUGCUGCCGAACAUGCUCUCCAGAAAACAGUUUCUGAUCCUGGUUUAUGGACAUCAUUUUCAUCUUUAGAUGACUUCGAGCAAAAAUACCUGGAAUUAUCAAAAGCCGCUGCAGAAAAUUAUCAUAAUUCGUGGUGGAAAAGACAUGGUGUUGUUCUUGAUGGUGAAAUUGCUGCUGUUUUCUUUAAGCAUGGUAACUAUGAUCUAGCUUCAAAGUCAUAUGAGAAGGUUUGUGCUCUUUAUUCUGGUGAAGGAUGGGAAGAUUUACUGGCUGAUGUUCUCCCAAAUCUAGCUGAGUGCCAAAAGAUAUUAAAUGAUCAAGCUGGCUACUUACAAUCUUGUGUGAGAUUACUUUCUCUGGACAAGGGAUUGUUUUUAUCGAAAGAACGUCAAGCUUUUCAAUCCGAAGUUGUUCGUCUUGCGCACAGCGAAAUGGAUGUGUCUUUAGAUGUCUCGUCAUUAAUUACGUUUUCUGGUAAUUCUGGACCACCUCUUGAGUUAUGUGACGGGGAUCCAGGGAUCUUGUCCGUAACUUUAUGGAGUGGCUUUCCUGAUGACAUAACUCUUGAAUCACUCAGUCUCACUUUAAUAUCUACCACCAAUGCCGAUGAAGGUGGCAAGGCAAUUAAGAGUUCUGGUGCAACAAUCCUAAACCCUGGUAGAAAUACAAUUUUGCUUUCAUUGCCACCUCAGAAAACUGGUUCGUAUGUCUUGGGUGUUCUUACUGGGAAGAUUGGUCAUUUACGAUUCAGGUCUGAUGGUUACGCCAGAGGUGGUCCGACAGAGAGUGACGAUCUUAUGAGUGAUGAGAGGCCAACUAGACCAAUUCUCAAGGUGUUCAAACCAAGGGCUCUUGUUGAUCUUGCUGCAGCAGUGUCAUCUGCAUUGUUAAUGAAUGAGCCUCAGUGGGUGGGCAUAAUCGUAAAACCGAUUAAUUAUUCUCUCAAGGGAGCUGUUCUACAUAUCGAUACUGGCCCCGGGUUGAAAAUUCAAGAGUCACAUGCUAUCGAAAUGGAGACCUUUACCAGUACAUCAACACACCCAGAUGGGCCUGAGAAUAAAGACAGUGAUGAAAAUAGUACUUGUAUUAAAGAAUCUGCACAACUAAGUUUAAAGGAUGGUAGCAUAGAGUUGCCAGACUGGGCCAGCAAUAUAGUGAGCGUUUUAUGGAUACCUGUUUGUGCCCUUAAUGAAGGACUAGCAAGAGGAACAUCUGCAGGGGUGGUUUCUUCUGCUAGACCAAGUGUUGUGGAUGGAUUGAGGACAGUAGCUCUGAAACUUGAAUUUGGAGUAUCACACAAUCAGACUUUUGAAAGGACUAUAGCUGUUCAUUUUACUGACCCAUUCCAUGUCAGUACACGUGUAGCAGACAAGUGCAGUGAUGGCACUUUGCUUUUGCAGGUCAUACUACACUCACAAGUAAAGGCCUGCUUAACUGUUCAUGAUGCAUGGCUAGAUCUGCAAGACGGUUUUGCUCACUCUGGUCGAGGUGAUGGGAGACCGACAUCUGCUUUCUUUCCUCUUGUUGUUCCCUCGGCUUCAAGAGCUGGAAUUUUGUUCAGUAUAUCCUUGGGAACUAUGACCUCUGAAGAUGAAGCUAAAGCAAUGAAUCCAGAUACUUUGUUAAAUAUUAGAUACAAAAUUGGCGGGGAUAGAAAUCUUGGAUCUCAUACCCCUGUGUCUACGGGAUCGAGUGAUGACGCCACACAGUUGAUGACUUUUAAGUGUGCCAUUGCUUUACAACGUCCAGUGCUGGAACCUUGUUUAGCAAUUGGUUUUCUUCCUCUUCCUUCAAGCGGUCUUAGAGUUGGGCAGCUUUUUACAAUGAAGUGGCGAGUUGAAAGGUUGAAGUAUCUCGAGGAGGAAAACAAUCAGGAUGAAGUACUAUAUGAAGUGAAUGCAAAUUCCGAGAACUGGAUGAUUGCCGGGAGGAAGCGAGGUCAUGUGGCUCUCUCAACAAAGCAAGGUUCAAGAAUUGAGAUUUCAAUAUUAUGUGUUCCACUCGCUGCUGGAUACGUUCGACCUCCACAACUCGAGUUACCCAACAUUGCUGAGGCUAAUAUAAGUAGCAACCCGGCUGGACCCCAUUUGGUCUGUGUUUUUCCUCCACCUCUGAGCUCCUCCUACUGCAUUCCUGCCUAAUACAUUAUACGAUUUACAUUUUCCGGUGUCCCAAGACUGAUAUAGAGAUGAAUAUGGUGAGUUUUGUAGCAUUUACAUGAUUUCUUUUUGUCUUGUUAUAAAAAGAUAGUAGUGGUAGGUUAGGUCAUUUCCUGGUGCAUAUAUAUGGGAUAGUGGCAUCAAUAGUCCACAUGAUAUGAUUACACAAAUAUUGCUAUAUCCCUUUUUGUGUUAUAUAUUGGUCAUACCCAACUUCGUAUACUUAUUAUGACUUUGUGUGCUUAUGUAUUACUAAAUAACUAUAUAAUUUUUUUUUUUGGUAAUCA